AUGGAUGGAAGGUGGUAAUAGGAGAGAAACUUGUUUGCGAAUUGAAGGUUCAGAGUUUGAUUCUAAACAAAGUGGGAAUGAACAUGUGAAUCGGCAACACCUUAUCGCGGAUUUCUCUACACUGCUAUCUCACAUCCCAUUACAAACAAUGCUUUUUAUUUGACAAAGAUGAGCGGAAGGUUUUUAUAAGCAAGAGUCGUCGGCUUCAUCGCUGAAGUGUUUACCUAGUUUCACUGUUUUUCCUAAGGGUAUAUCAAGAAGUCAAGGAGUCGGGGUUUAUAUUGGGCACAGUGGUCUUUCUUGGUCACUUUUGAUUUGCUGUUCAUCGUCUACUCAACUCUGAGAAUAUAUGGUCUCAUCUCUCUAUUUUGUCUCUCCUAACUAGCAAAAAGUAAAAGUCAGGAAUUAGCGAUUCCAUUCAUUGUCCACCAUGGCUCUCUUAAAUUCUGCUUAUUCGCUCCAGCAGGGGUUCUACGCCGCCGGGGUCUUCCCGGCGCCACUAUCUAACUAUUCGGGCUUUUCUUUAGUCGGGCUAAGAAUGCAGCCACCCUUUGGACCUCUAUCCUCGACUACAAUGGGCCAGCUUACGGCUUUCCCCGGAGGAUCAGCGGCCACGAUCGCUGCCGCUGCUUCGUUUAGCAUGGAGAAUCUACGUGUGGCGCAGGGCUUGAGACCGAUGCUUACCAGUGGCGCCGCCUCUCCGGGCAGCUUGGGCGACAAACGAACCGGUGUCACCGACUUUAGCAUAGACGGUAUCCUGGGCAAAAGGGAUGGGGAUUCACAAACUUCUAACCGACUAGAAAGCAUCAGAGCUAAACAUAAGCUAACUUUACACAGCAAACAUGGCGUCUCGUAUCAGGAUAAACAUUACCCACCCCCAAGAGAAUGCGUCGAUGACAACCAGGAGGCGACGUCGCCGCAUAAAAUGACGGUCGAUGAUGAGGGUGAUGGCCACGAAUCAAAGACUGAUACUGAUACUGCAGAGAACCCACUUGCAAGGUUCUCAUGGCUUCAAUGUACAAGAUAUAAACCACCUAGACUUCCACGUACGAAGAGAAAGGACGGUGCGAAGAAGCGGAAGCUAGGCCGUAACCCCCGGGUACCUUUCUCGCCGACACAGGUAGCUACGCUGGAACAGAAGUUUCGCUGCACGCACUAUCUCAGUAGUAUUGAUGUAGCCGAACUGUCGGCAGCACUCAACCUCUCAGAGAAUCGGGUCAAAAUUUGGUUCCAAAAUAGGCGAGCACGUGAGCGACGUGACAAGGAAGGCAUCGACACAAAAACCCCGUCAUCAUCGACACCGAAUCUCCUACCUCCAUCUCCAGCUUCGCUCUCUCAAUCACCGCACACACCCAUCAGUCCUCUAUCGUCAUCGUCGCCGUCAUCAUCUUCCUCCGCCUCAUCUAUGAUCGCGAUGUCGCCAUUCGCCUCACCAUCUUCGACGUCAAUGACCACGGCGAUGAUACCUCAUCUCUCAUCACCGCGAUCAUCCAUCGAUGCUGCUUCUCCUUCCCAUUUCUCCCAUGUUUCGCUGUCGCCGUCGUCAUCGGCGUCGCAUCAUAGCGGGAUGAUGACAGAGAAUACCUCGAUUCCGCUGUGUCAGCCACCGCAUCAUCAUCUCUCACUUUCAUCUACCGAUCCAAGGGCGGGAUCAGCGUUCACGCCCGUGUCUCCGUACUUGAAGUAGUAUAUCAGUUUAUGUUUACGUUAUCCUAUUUAUAUAUGAUUCUUGCCCCGUUAUAUCACCUUCUGUUUCUGAUUUAAACGUAAAAGAUAUUCAUUUAUGUCACAGCACAUAAUUAUUUACACAUUGGAAGAAAUGUUAAAGAGCAAAAGCAAGAUGCUGAUUAGAUGAAUUAUAUCAUAGCUAGUUAUUUUAAAUAAACGCGACAGUAUUCCCUUAAAAAUCUAUUACCCGCUCCAUCCCCAAAUUACCCUAAACAUUAUGUUGAUGACAGUGAAAAUUCGUGUGCUUUCUAAACUGAUGUUGGAUGUUUAUUUAUAUUUUUACCGAACAUUUCAUGAUCAAUGUUGAAUAAAACAAGCAAACAAUCGCUUAAAACCCAGCUCUGUAGUCUGUACAAGAUGACAACAACAAAUAUCUAAGAAGACCCACGUAAAUCAGGACUGAGUUUUAUCAUAAGAAGUAAGUUGAUAAAUUUGUGAAUGAUAUCUCAACAUGUUUAAGAUUGCCACGGCCUGCCACGAAAAAAGGCCAAAACCACAAUGAUAACUUUGCACUCCGAUUCAUUUUCAACAACAUUUCCAUUAGCAUUAGACUCAUAAUAAUCAGGUUAUGUGUGUGCUUCAUCAAGUAGCAUGUAUUAUCCAAUAAUGAAACGCAACAUAAAAAUUGUGUUCUAGCUUAAAUCAUUUUCUCCGAUCAUUCGCACUCAUAUAUGUAAAUAUGCCAAUGUAAAUAUGUAAUGUAUAAUAAAUGAUAUAUUCUAUGUUACAGCUUUAUCAUGUACUCCAUGUUACGUUUAUACUUUAUGAGAGUUCUUUUUGAAAUAUGGUAGAAAAUAUAGGCAGUCCUUGUGUUUUUGUUUUGUUAACAGGUUGAAGUGUUAGUAUUAUCAUGUGCCGGGUGCCCCCAAAAUGUGAACAACUUCUCCUCUUUACUUUUAUUUCGGAAUUUAAAAAAUGAAUCUUAAUUUCUGUAAUCUCUGAAGACAACUCGAUGAGUUCCGAAGACGAUGAUAUAUUUGUCAUUAUGAUAUGAAAGCGUAUCGUGCAUACCCCAAAACAAGAACUCAUAUGUGAAUUCAUGUAAUACAUGUACAUGUAUGUCGCCACACUUUGAUACACAAAAUGCUUAGCCCGUAAUUGCCAUUGGAGAGAGUUUGAUUUUUUAAAAUCUCCCUUAGCAAAAAGAUGAAAUUUAUUAUGUCAUUUACAAAUAUAUGACCCGAUCAUUUUAAUUUCUUUGUUUAGCUUUGUCCCCCGACCCCUCUCUCUCUUUUUCUCUCUCCCUCCCUCCCUCUCUCCCUACCUCUCUUAACUUUCAUUACUUGAAUCAUUCUCGACCCUCCUCGUCAUGUUUAGUUCCUUUCCCCAAUCUCUUUUCGGUAAUUAAACAAAAAUUAUUUGAAUUCUCGCAUCUUCAACUUUCAUUUCCUCCAGCUUAGAUCCUCCGUUUAAUGUGAUAGAAAACAUAUCUUUUAGAUUUCUCCCCAACAUAUCAAGCUGAAUUGCGACUGAACAUGAAUUCAAUAAAAGAAGCAAAAAAUUAUGUUUAUAAGGGAGUUAUUCGCUAUGCAAUGGAGAAAUGCCGAUCGUUUAUUUCCAAAACGUACAUGUUAUCCUUGUAGUCUGUGUUUAUUCAUUUUAAUGUGGUUUACUGCAUCUGUAUUGUGUACAACAUGACAGUGAAUAUUAAAUAUAUGAUUUAUCAGAAAGAGAAA